GUUUACUGUGCUGCAGGCCAUAUAUGCGUAUCUAGGGGUUUUGUUAAUGUUUAAUUUCUAAUUACACUUUUUUUGUAAUAUUUUUCAUGAUAAUUAUUUUUUAACUCAUAAUAAACUAGAUAAUUACAUAAUUUUGCUUUUAAGCUCUUUGAUAAGAGAACUAUAAAGCUGAAACCCCUUGAAAAAACAAAAACUGGUGUAGUUCUCUGGUGUGGUUGUAUGACUCACCCGACUCCCGCACUCAGUUCUAGUAGUAGUGGUUAUACGACGACGAAGAAAAUGAAUCGCAGCUUACAACCAGAUUUCAACGCUCUUCUUAAAGAAAGAUUCUUCCCUGUUCAUUCCUCAGGUAUGAUCGCCUUAUAGUAUGCGCAAAAAUACUGAUGUUUUUGUCAAAGAUUUGGGCUAAGAUGGGUAUAAGUGGGCUUUUCAGGCUUUAUUAUUAUUAUUUUUUUAUAUAUUAUUGUAAAGGGACGCUAUAUUAUGGUUAAAUCAUAUUUGUAGCUUCUACGAUUCGUAAUAUAUUAAUAAUUAGAGAAGAAAUACAGUAUAUCAAAAAUAAAAUACGACAAGUCGAAGCUAGCAAACAAUAUCCAAGUGCGUGCUGAUAAUAGAAACAGCGCUUACAAUAAAGAUUCAUAUUGGAUUUGCGACGUUCUGACCUAGGCAUAGGCUUCGUUGGCACCUCGCCAAUUGGCCGUUCGCCAAGCUUUUGAAUUUGUAGAGGUCGCUUUUCGUCAAUUUUAUAACAUAUAGAUUCAACGAAAGCUAUCGCGAUCGUAAUAUACUUAGAAUAGUCUCGUAUUUUUUAUAUUUUGAUGUAGACUAUUUUAAAGACCAUGCCUGUUGUUGAGACAGCUAGUUAUGCCUAUUGCGAUGGUAAGUGUCUUAAGUUCUCCUCGCAGACCAUUAAAAAAAAUAAUAACAAAUUUUUAAUUAAUUAGUUCUAAUUAAAAUUAAAAUAAUAAACAAAACCCGUAUUUAUAGAAAAUAAUUAAAAAAAAAAUAAAUUGAUAAAUGCGCAAAACGCAACCUUUCCUAGAAUGUUAAACAUGGUGGAUAAUCAAUAGGAAUUAUAAAAAUGUUAUUAACAGAUGUCGCUAGUUGUUAAAAAAUAUUACGAAAUUCUAUAUCGUAUCUUUUUGCAGCGCCAGUUUCUUCCGGACCAACUUCAUCUCCUCCAGCGGAUGAUCUAAACCAUCACCACUCUCGUAUGAGCCCUAUUGGAGAGAAAAAUGGAGUUCAAGAGUUACGCAAGAUUAUAUCGAUGUAUCUUGCUCAUGUUUACCAUAGCGAUGAAAAGCGAAUGGGUAAACGUAAAAUGAAAAAUCUUUGGGACAAGGCGCCAGAUGAUUGGCCCGAGGGAAUUCCCUUCGUAGACCCUAAUAACGGUCUUAAAGAAGACAAUGGUAAACAAUUAAAACCUAAAAAGCAUGAUUUGGUCCCGAUGUAUAAUUUUCUUCGUCAAAAAUACGAAGCAAGUAUAUCAGGCACCCAAAGUGUCAUUCCAACUGGUGAAAUGAGAGGAUCCUAUAUGCAUGAGCCCACGUUUAGCCAGAUCAUAUCUGAACAGGAACAAACAACAAUUUCCACACAUAGCACUUCGACUACCAUGGCAUCAACCUUUAUGGAAACGAACCAGCAAAGUUACGAAGAUAUGUUUCAAUCGCAGCUGACAGCUGACUCUUCAAGUCGCAUGACCAAUGAGGUAACAGAACAGGGAAAUCAUCUGUUGUUGAUGGACGAAUCAGAGGUUUAUGGAUACUGCACACUAGACCCAAAACCCAAGGAAGAAGAUAUACAAGUCUUCAUGAAGACCUAUAAAGUUAGUCCGGAUGAUAAGUUAGAUAUGGAAUUGGAAGCCACAAUUGAUGAAAAAUCCCAUUUUAAGGAGUGUUCUCCAUCGGCAAGAUUCCAUAGGCAAGAUCAAAAAGACAAACUUGGAUUUUUUCAUAAGAAAUCGAAAUUUUAUAGAUUAAAACCAAAUGAACCAGAUUUCUUUACUCCAUGUGACGCUAAGAGAAUAAAAUUGAGCCCGACAGCUAAAUCAAUGGAUAUGGACAUGGACAUGGAUAUGGACACCAGUUACAGUAAAGAGAUACCAGGAAAUUUUAUCCUAGAAAAUAAAGAAGUAGAAAAAAGUCCGAUACCCGACUUUGAAAUAUUACUUGGAGGAAACAAUAAACCAAGAAGAUGAACAGACAAAUAGUAUAGUUAAUGAAAAAAAAAGUGCCAUUUAUUUAAUACUUUUUCUAAAUCGAAAUGCUGUAAUAGUUUAUUUCGAAUAAAAUAAAAUCUAUAAAAAGUGAUAUAUGUUAAUAUAAAACAUAUUUCAUUCUUCCAAAAGUUUAUUGUAUAUUAUUUAAUCGGUAAAAUUGCAUCGAAAAUUAUAUUCUAACUUCACAGUAACGAAGAUGGUAUUGGAUUGCAAUAAACCAAUCGAAAUAGUAUGGAAAUAAUCUGUUAUGAAGUAUAAAAGUGUGUACUUGAGUACGAAAGAUAAAUAAUUCUAAAAUGAAGCAUAGGAAAUAAAUUGCAGAUUAACUAAAGUCUUUUAGCUGUGUAUAGUAAAGAUAUGUAAGCUAGAACUCCACUUGAAUUUUGUCACAAAAAAGAUUAUAGCAACAAUCAUUUACAGCGACGCAUGUCAUAUUUUAUAUCAGAAAGAUAAAUGAAUAGGAAAAUAUGAAAGGGAAAGAGAGAUUUAUCUAUUAAUCAUGAAAAGUAGAAGACAAUUAAAAAAUAUUUAUAAUUAUUAAUAAUAUUGUUUUCUAAUUAGUCUGUAAACCAUUUCAAACAUUCAUCAUAAUGAUGAAUGAAUUUGGAAUAUGAUGUUACGUUGUUGAAUUCUUUAAACAGUAAUUCAUAAAUUAGAAAGAAAAAAAAACAGAAUCAUUCAAUAAAUUAAAAAUUGAAUGGAUGUUUUCAAGUUUGAUGUAAAAAAAA